GUCGCCCAGCAAGUGCCUAAUCCGGCCUCUUCCGCCUGAGUCACCCGCCCCUCCCUGCGGAGCCGGACGCAGCCGCAGGCCCCAGAGCAGCACAGACUAGCGGACCGGCCGACAAGCGAGCGAGGUGGAAUCUUGAGUCACAGCCAUGUUCCUGGUUAACUCGUUCUUGAAGGGUGGAGGAGGCGGCGGGGGAGGCGGGGGCCUGGGCGGGGGCCUAGGGAAUGUGCUCGGAGGCCUGAUCAGCGGGGCCGGAGGCGGCGGCGGCAGAGGAGGAGGCGGCGGCGGCGGUGGCGGCGGUGGUGGCGGAACUGCCAUGCGCAUCCUGGGCGGGGUCAUUAGCGCCAUUAGUGAGGCGGCUGCGCAGUACAACCCAGAGCCCCCGCCCCCUCGAACCCAUUACUCCAACAUCGAGGCCAAUGAGAGUGAGGAGGUCCGGCAGUUCCGGAGGCUCUUUGCCCAGCUGGCUGGAGAGGACAUGGAGGUCAGUGCCACAGAACUCAUGAACAUUCUCAACAAAGUCGUGACCCGACAUCCUGAUCUGAAGACUGAUGGUUUUGGCAUUGACACAUGUCGCAGCAUGGUGGCUGUUAUGGAUAGUGACACGACCGGCAAACUGGGCUUCGAGGAAUUCAAGUACUUGUGGAACAACAUCAAAAAGUGGCAGGCAAUAUACAAACAGUUUGACAUUGACAGUUCAGGGACCAUUGGCAGCAGUGAACUCCCGGGGGCCUUUGAGGCAGCAGGAUUCCACCUGAAUGAGCAUCUCUACAACAUGAUCAUCCGACGCUACUCAGAUGAGGAAGGGAACAUGGAUUUUGACAACUUCAUCAGCUGCCUGGUCAGACUGGAUGCCAUGUUCCGUGCCUUCAAAUCUCUUGACAGAGAUGGCACUGGACAAAUCCAGGUGAACAUCCAGGAGUGGCUACAGCUGACCAUGUAUUCCUGAAUGGGAGUCCCAGACCUGCCCCCUCAUCACCUCGCUGUAGGAGUCGCCUUGGACUCUUCAGUCUCCCCCAGGGCUGAUCCUGUUUGCAGUCACAUCUUCAUGGCUCCUGCUGACCCACAGGCCUUUCUGUUCUCCCAGCCCUUGGCACCUGGAUUCUCAGUCAACAGCCAGGGCCCAACAUGCUUCAACACACCCUGCCCCAGCACACCCAUCUCACAUCUACUCCAUAAUCCCUCUCUUGCAUCUGUGCCAAGCCCAACGUUUGUGUUGCUUGCACACCCCAAGGGCCCUUCUCAGUUCUGGGAGGAUGACUCCAGUCCCUACACACUCUGGCACACCCAUUCAGUUACCACCCAGGCAGCUGAACUCCAGGCUAUAAUAGGCCACAUGCCCCAGUGCCUUUGUCUGUAUUCUGCUCCCAGCCUGCCAGGCCCAGGAGGAAAUAAAUGCACCCUAGUUGCUCUCUCUGA